UCUAAUGUCAUGGCGGACACAAAGCAAAGCGGUGGGGAAAAAAAAUUAUGUGCAAGCAGAAUGGAAAAUCUCACAUAAAAAAUUUAACUUUUCUGCAGCCAGUGAAAUGUAAACUAAUAAUGUGUACGAUAACAGUAACAGUGAGACAAUAAUAUAUAUUUUAGUAUAUCAAUUAUAAUGUGUACGGCUAGGUAAAAUAACGAAAAUAUGACGCGAAAAUAUGAUUUCAACUUCGUGCAGGCGCCACCAACAAAAUCAGUGUUUGUAGUGUCAGUGGAAAAUUGGCAAUUGCGUACGUUUAUGUAAAUGCUGAGUACGGGGGAAUAAACACAAAUUGCAAUUAUCACCAAAAUAUUAAAUUUUAUAUUAACUGUGUAUUAAUAACGGUCGCAUUUGCACGUCUCAAAGAGAAAAAUAUUGGGGGAAAAAGAGGCGCGAAAAAUUCGCAACAAAAUGGUUGUCUCAAAAGACAACAAGCGUCGCCGUAAGGAAACGGAGACCCCGCCAACGUCAUCGUCGUUGGCGGCAGCGGCGACCGUUGCUAUAGAGUCAUCACCUGAGAUGCCCAAAAGAACAAAGGUGCAGGCGCAGCGUAAAUUUGCACAAGGCCAGAGCGCGCCCACCGCUGCAGGCGGUUUCAGUGCGGUCAACGUUGCAGCAGCAGCAGCAUCCUCAGCAUCAGCGUCUGGACCCAGCACAUCCACUGAAAGCCACCAACCACCGAUUGAGAUAUUGCCAAAUAAGUGUCCCAAGGCACAUGAUUUUGUCACAUUUCUCUGUCUACGCGGCACCUCGGCUUUGCCCGCCCAUUUGGACUAUUUGAAUCAGGGCAAGAGCAAGGCAAAUGAAGCUCCACCAGCCAGCGACACCAGCAGCAACAGUAAAAAAAAGAAUAUUGGCAAGAAGAAACGCGGCAGACCCGCCAAAACAGCAGCAGCAACGGCAACAAUCACAGCUAAAGCUAAAGUUGAGCAAAUGCAACAACAGACGCAGCAACAACAGCAGCCGCAGUUGGUGCAGCCAGAACUGGGAACAGCGGAUAAAGCAGCUAGUGAUAAAACUGAAUCUGUGAAGCCUCUGCCAGCAGCUCCUCCUCCUGUGCUCCUAGCGGGCGCAGUGCGCAAGCGUGCCGAAGUAGUAGCCGAGGGCAAUAGACGAGGCGCCAGGCGCACUGAGAUCUUAAAGCGACGCUCGAAUCGCGCCAGCAAUAAGGAAAAGGAAGAUGAAUCAGAACAAACUAAAGAUGAUUCCGCUCAGCAAGGGGAAGACGAGGAAGAGGACGACGAUGAUGAGUUUUUCUCGGCCCACGAUGCGAGUUCACGUAAUGGUGGCGCUGAUGAGACCAAGUCGGAAACGACACACUCGAAUGCCAAACGCGGACGCAACCAAGCAAUAUCAGCAGCAGCGGCGGGUAGAAAAUCACGAGCGGCUGUUUCUCCAGCGGUGACCGAGAACAGCAGCAGCAAGGAUAAGGAAAAGGGUCCUGUGAAGCGGGUGCGGCAACGGGAAUCGCCUAUAUUCAUACCCUCGCCAGAGUCGUCGGGGCGUAUGACACGCCAGCGGGCUUUUUUUGAGCCCGUCAAGGUGCCGCCCAAGCAGGAGCCGGACACGGAGGAUGAGAAGGAGAAGGAAAAGGAGGUGCAGGAGCAGAAGAAGACCGCUGCAGCGACCGAGACCAAGAAGCAAGCAAGCAAGAUCAGCAAGGAGAAAACCAACUCAAGCAUUUAUGCCAAAGAUGCGGCCAAGAAGCAAUUAGAAAACGGAAGCACAACCUCAACUGUGACAGCGACCGAACAGCAGAAGGGGCUGAAUGUAUUUGAUUUCAGUUCCGACGAUGAACAGCCGCUGGCCAAAGCCAUAAAGCUGAAGAAGGGAGCUAAGAAGAGUGCAGCAGGAACAGGGGCAACUGCAGCAGCAGCAGCCGCCAYAAGCAACGCACGUGGGCGCAAGUCAGCAGGCGGAUCAGCAAAAAAACAGCAGCAGCAACGAGAAGAGGAGAAGGCAGAAGCAGCUAAUGCAACGACACCCAGCAAGACGGAGGCGGAACAGCCCAAACCGAAGCGAGGAAAAGCGCUCAAAAAGAAAGCCGAAGAGGAUACUGAACAGCAGGAAGAAGGAGAUGGAGAGUCAGAAACGUCGCCGCCCUCGCCCAAAAAGCUGGCCCAGAGUGCUCGUCCCGUGCGUCGUCAGGCGCAGUCAAAGGCAAGCAAAGCCGAGCGAUCAGUGAGUCCCAGUCCGCAGCGGAGUCAACGGCCGUCGCGAAAGACGAAGGAGGCGGCGGCCAUCUAUAUGGGCAUCAUUGGACACAAGCUGCAGAUGGCCGACGAUGAGGAGGAUGACCUAUCGUUGAGCAGCUUUCCAGACAUACCUAAUGUCAAGCAAAUGGAGAAGAUGGAAAAGGAGAUGAAGAAGAAUGCGUCUGGCAAAUCAGGAACAGCAGAAGCUUCAAAAAAGUCUAAUAAAUCCGCAGCUGCAGCGGAGACGGAAAAUGCAGCAGGAGCAGCAGGUACAACAACUGCAGUUGCAGCUGCCGAGCAUACUCCGGCUCUAUCCUCCCCAGAAGCGACAACAGCAGCAGCGCCACCAGCCCCAGCGAGACGUGGUCGUCCGCCCAAGCAGGCAAAAGGGGCAACGGGUGGUGCGAGUGGAUCAGCGGCUCCGACUGGCAAGCCACAAAUAGAGGGCAUGCUGGUAAAAAAGGGUGCACUGGCCCUGGCCAAAGCCAAGUCCGAACAGCAACAACAAAAAAACCAACAGCAGCAACAACAACAUCAGCAGCAACAGAAAGACGACUCCGAUGCGGAGGAGGAUUUUUUAAUUAAUGAGGAGCUAAACGAAACCAAGCGCAAGCUGGAAAAGAGUUUUAGCGACUCAGAUGAUGAGCCAUUGGCCAUUAAAGUGCCCUCAGCAACAGCCACAGCAGCGGCAGCAGCAGCAGCUGCAGCAGCAACAACAACAGCAGCAGGAGAAGUGACCACAACGGCGGCAGCAGCAACAACAGCAGCAGUUGCAGCAGCAACAACAGCAACAGUGGCUGCAACAACAACAACAUCACCCACUCUUAAGCCUUUGACCCCGCAACCCAGUUGUCCACCCACUGCGCAAGGCACCACGCAGCUAACGAUGCUGCCACUGACCACCAAGCCCAUGCCUUACUCCAUAUCGCCGCCCAGCUAUGCGUCGGCUGCAGCCACACUGAAGGCCAUGGAGAAGAAGUCGCCGGUGCCCACGUCGAAGAUACUUAAUGUGCCCGCCACGUAUGCGCUCCCAGGUGCUGCGGGCGGCGGUCUAAGCACGGCAGCUGUGGGAUUCGCGAAGACCUCAUCGUAUUUGCCGCAAGCAUCGCCGCAUUAUCAUACGCCGUAUGUGCGACCUUCGACAUUUGGAGUUGCUGCAGCGGCGGCGGCAGCAGCUGCUGCUGGCAACAAGACGCCCCAGCACCAACAGCAGCAGCAGCAGCUAUCAUCAACAUUGGCCACAGCCAGCAGCGUGACGUCCCCGCUGAAAUAUCAGACGCCACCCACAACUUAUCCGCCGCCCAUUGAGGCGUAUCAGUGCCCCAAGAUAAAUCCCAAUUUUCUAACGCCCAAAUAUGAGCGCAGCAGUGUUCUGCCGCGYGCCAACAACAUUGUCAACAACAACAACAGCAUCGGCAGCGUGGCAGCGAGCAAUGCGCUGAGCAACAGCAGCUUUACGGCUACGACAGCAGCGCGCUCCACGCUCAACAGCCUCACGACGCCUGUGGCAGCCGCACCAAAGAGCGUAACAGUUAGUCAGAGUCAAAGUCUCAAUCUCAGUCUAAGUGCCACGCCCUCGCCGAUGGCCUCCACAUCGGCGGCGGCAGCAGCUGCACUGACAGCAGCAACAGUUGCAGCUGCAGCAGCAGCAACAACUACCACAACAACACCUGCAACACAGACCAGCAACAGCAAUGCGGACCCGCUGAAAGAUGAAAUCGGCAGCAUCCUGGCACAGGCCACGCUCAUGCCCAGCAAAGAGGAGUCGGGCAAGAUUUUUGGCAUAGCCAGUGUGAGUUUGGCCCAAAGCUCCGGGCCGGACAACACCAAAUGCACGCUGGGCAAAUGUGGUUCCAUACACAAACCGGUGCUGGGGCCGGUGGUGCCCACCGAGGGAUACUUUGGCGAUCAGCUGUCGAGCAAGGAGCGACGCAAGGCCAAGGUGAACAUGACGCACGAGCAGAUACAAAAGUGGCUGAUCGAGUGUAGCUCGAAUCCGGAUGAGAUCCAGGAUGAUCUGGACGACGAUUACGAUGACAGCUUACGGCCGCAGCAGGCGCAAACUCCACCAGGACCCACCACCCGCGAUGACAAAGAGAGCACCAGCUUCAGCAGCUCCUCGAAGAAUACUCGCGGCGAGCUGGGCAAGAGUGAGAGCGCCUGGUCAGCCAAGGGCCCGUCCCUGAAGGCGACCCCAGUGCUAGUCAGCAGCGCUACAGCGGCGGCAACAAUUGCCGGCAAUCGCAAGGAUACAGAGGCAGAGCCCGAAACGCUGGACUUUGACAAGUGCAUGACGCCCGUGAAUCUCACCCAGAAAUCGCAGCUGGAAACAUCGGCGGGAGACAAAAAGCCGAAGAAUGCAGCCAGCAAUAGUGCAAAGGCAGCUGCAACGCAGCCUGCUGCAGCAGCCGCUGGAGCGGGCAGCAAACGAAGCGCCACUGCCACGCCUACGCCCAGUGCAACGCCCACGCCGCCACCGCCGCCGCCCAGUAAACAGAAGACAGCUAAUAAAAAGCAGACAAAUGCCGCCGCAGCGGCAGCAGCAGCCGCUGCUGCAAAACAAACAACGCCACCGCCCAGUCCGAGCAACACUAAAGCAGGAGCGUCAACGCCAGCCACGCCUACCAAGCGAACGCCUGUUUACCAGAGCCAGAGCAAGGCCAAGGCCCAAGCCCAGGCAGAAAGCAAGCAGCAGCAGCAGCAGUCGACCAAAGUUGCCGAAAAAACUUCUAUUUAUGCCUUUGGCAAGGAGGAGGAUUCAGCAGCAGCAGCAACAGCUGGAGCAGGUGGAGCUGCAGCAACAACUGUUGCUGCUGGCAAAGCAACAAAUCGUCGUCGCAACGCAGACAACGAUACAGCAGCGCCUCCGCCGGCGCUCAGCGAGCGCUCCCCGACGAAAAAACGCGCGGCUGCAGCGGCGGCAGCGACGGCAGUGCAGUUGACGCUCAGUCCCACGGAUAAGCUGGAGAAGCCCAAUAAAGCAGCAACAGCAUCAGCAGCAGCGCGAAAGAAACAACAGCAACAACAACAACAGCAGCAGCAACAGCAACAAGCAACAGCAGCUCCGGCAGCCAGCACAGGUGGAGAUUCUGAUGCUGAAGGCGCCACCUUCUAUAUACCACUGCUGCAGGGUGCAAGCGGCGGUGGUGAGGGCGGCAUACAAGGCGUGGCCGUCAAGCUGGGCCGUGAAGGUCCCGACGGGCCUAAUCAGAAGGUCGUGAUGCAGGCAACGCUCGUAACUAAAGCGCAAAUGGACACCAAUUCCUCAAAGCCGCUGCCGGACAAUGAGCUGGUCAAAACGCUGCUCAAUGCCGCCAACACGAGCAGCGAUGCCGUUGCCGCCGUCAUAGCAGCCACCAACAGCCUGAAGGCCAGCACAUCAUCUGCAGCAGCARCAGCAGCGACAGCGGCGGGCGCUGCAGCAACGGGCCUGGUGCGCGUCAAUUCGAAUUCUUCGCUCUUCUCCGGCUCUGGCAAGUCGCGCACUGCUGCAGUGACUGCCGCCUCGACAGCUCUGGCCAAGAAGUACAAGGAUGAUACGCCCAUUAAGAUGGCCAAUAAUACGGCAUUUCCGCGACACGAUGACCCCACACAGAUGGUCGAGGCGCCUAUAUUUAAGCCCACCGAGAAGGAGUUCGCCGAUCCCAUUGAAUUCAUUGAGCGCAUCACACCGAUCGCUGCCCGCUUCGGCAUCUGCAAGAUCAUACCGCCGGCCAGCUUCAAGCCCGAGUGUCGCAUCUCGGAUGAGAUGCGCUUCACGGCGUACAAUCAGUAUGUGCACAAGAUGCUACACCGCUGGGGGCCCAGUGCCAAGGAGCUGAGUGCGAUCAAAAAGUACUUGGCCACCCAGAGCAUUGUGAUGAAUCAUGCGCCCUGGAUUGGUGGCAUGGAGGUGGAUCUGCCGCGUCUAUAUCACACCGUGCAGGAGCUGGGCGGCCUGAAGGAGGUUAUCGAGAAAAAGAAAUGGGCCCGUGUGGCCGAAGAGAUGUGCAUACCGAAGCUCGCACAGGAUCGUGUUACCAAGCUGGACGACAUCUACUGCAAGUACUUGUUGCCCUACGACACCCUCUCACCGGCAGAGCGGCAGAAACUCUUUGAUGAGGUCGAGGCGGAUUGGGCGAAGCGAGAGGCACGCGCUCGACGCAAUGCGGAUCGUUUUGUGAAUAGCACCGAGAGCGUUUCGAACGAGGAGGACGAUGUAUCCACGGACGAGGACGAGGAGUCGGAGGAAGAGAUCGAUGGCGUUUCGAUGGAGUGCAUUGUCAAGGGCCGCAGCAUGGCGCUCAGUCAAUUCUAUCGAAUAGCGCGCAACACCAUGGCCCUGUGGUUCAAGAGCACCGAUCCGACGGUCAACGAAGUGGAGGCUGAGUUCUGGCGCCAUGUAGCCGUGCGCGACAGUCAUGUGUGCGUGCAUUCGGGCUCCAUUGAUAGCUCGGGCUGGGGCUAUGGUUUUCCCAGUCCGGGUCCCAAGGGCAAGGGUUCAAACUAUGCGCGUCAUCCGUGGAAUCUCAAGGUUUUGACCAAUAAUGCGGGCUCCGUGCUGCGCUCACUUGGACCUGUAAUGGGUGUCACAGUGCCCACGCUCCAUGUGGGCAUGCUCUUCUCCGCCUGCUGCUGGUAUCGCGAUCCUCAUGGGCUGUCCUGGAUUGAGUAUCUGCAUACAGGUGCCUCCAAGCUGUGGUACGGCAUACCCGACGACCAGAGCGCCAAUUUCCGUUCGGCGUUGACGUCACUGAUACCGACGCACUGUCAAAAUAAGACGAUUUGGUUACCCUGUGAUACGGUGAUGGUGCCUCCACAUAUGCUCACCGAUCGCGGCGUCUCGCUAUGCCGCAUCGAGCAGAAGCCUGGCGAGUUCAUUGUAGUUUUCCCGCGCGCCUAUACCUCCAGCCUUGCCACGGGCUAUGUGGUCUCUGAGAGCGUCUAUUUCGCAACUAUGUCGUGGCUCGACUUAGCCAAGGAUGAUUUCAGGGACAUUCAUGAGAGCUGUGAACCGGCAAUGUUCUCCCUGGAGCAAUUGCUCUUCGCCCUAGGCUACGAUCAGCGCGUCAAUUCGGAUACACUGCAGCAGAUGCUUCCCAUGCUAAACGAGGUCUGCGAGAAGGAAUCAGCGGCACGCGAGCAGCUCAGGGCCGCUGGCGUCACAUCCACCGAAAAAGUGCAGGCGGAGAAGGGUCAAAAGGCCAAGAAGCAACAGCAACCGCCGCACAAAUCAAUUGAGAGCGAAUGCGAUCUAUGUCGAGCCAAUCUGUAUAUAUCAAUGGUGCGCACCGAGGAGGGCAACGUCUACUGUUUGCAGCAUGCGCUUAAAAAUCUCAACAACGGCAACAUUCAGGCCAAGCAAUGUAAACUAAUCUAUGCGUACAAUGUCGACGAUAUUCAACAGCUGAUACGGCAGCUCCAGGAGAAGAUUCAGCACAAGGCAGCCGUUAAGAAAAAGUAGCAACGUCGGCGACGCUACUAAAUGAGCGCAAUUAUGAUAUAAACGAUCUAAAACGAUUUAAACGGCAGCGUUUAAGUAUCUUUGUACAUAGGAAAUAGCAUAUAUGCAUAAAUGUAUUUAUAAAUCUUGUAGCAUAUAGAUUAUAUAUAGAUUUAUAUAUAUAUGUGUGUGUAGGGUUUUCAUCGUGGCAAUGCUUGCAAUUUGACUAGUUUAUACAAACAUAAAUAUAUAUAUAUACAUAUACGUGUAUAGAUAUAUAUUUAUAGGCAUGCAUCAACAAUAGGUGUAUAUAGCAACUAAUAAUGUUUAAGUAACGCGUAUGCAAUGAUUUUGUUUUCCAUUUUCUUUUGUUAUUACUGAGUAUAUAUAUAUAUAGAUAUAUCCUGUGUGUUAUUGAUUGUAUAUGUAUAUAUACUUAUACUGAAAGAAUCAACUUAGGAAUUAGUUAGCUUACAAUUAAGUCAAGAGCUUGCGCUCGCCGUCAGUUAAUACAAAGAUUUAAGCACACUGCUAACGAGUGGCAAUUUCUACUACCUUUUUUACACUAAAAUAUGUACGAUUAACAAUUACUAUAAGCAACAUAUAGACAUCUGAUAUGAAUGGGAGACGUACUCUUAGAUAGCAAUAGCAAUAGAAAUACAAAUAGCAGUUGGCCCAGCGCGCUAUAACCAAACUAAUCGAAUGCAAGAAUAACUUCCUAAACUCCUGGCAAAUCUUGCAGCUGAUAGAUUUUAUAGAUGUUCCAGUUUGAUGUAAUGUACUUUUUAAAUAUACAUGUAUGCAUUAUUUAUCAUCUACCAGUGCUAUAUAUAGUAAAUGGAUAAACACACACGCAAUCACACAACUCUUGACAAAGCAAACCCACAAAAAAUAGUAAUGAAAAGUAACUAGACAACAGUCCAUAUUUCAAGUCAAAUGAGGUAUGAAUGGGAAGUUUAAUAUAGAUGUUCUAUGUAUUUAUAUAGUUGUAAAAGUGUAAUACAAUAUUUAAUUAACAAGUGCAACAAUAAAUCUUAACUCGAAAUAUUACAA